CAUCUCUGAACAGGGUGAUGACAGCAUAUUACAACAUAACCACACAGCGAGUAAUGCACUUUGUAAAUAUCCUUAUUGUGAGUUUUGCAAUGCUGUGCAUCAUUUAACUUUUUUUUUUUUUUUUUUUUUUUUUUUUUGUUCAGGGCUUUUUGUGCAUGCCUCUCCUCGUGGUGUUUUCUGUAAUGUGAGUCAGCACAUAUGGAGCCAGUUGCGCAAGUUCAAGCAAUAAAUACAGGUGUGUCUGUUCUGGCAUCUAUCACUCACUGUGCACCUCAGCCUGGAUCUCCUAAAAUCAUGCUCAGCUUCAGACUCGGCACCACACUGCUGCUGGCAGCAACAUGCUCGCUCAUGACAGCAGUUUCCACAGAGAGAGUCAUCACCUGUUCCAACGGCCGGAAUGUCCAGCGCCUGAUCUGUGAUAUCGGAGUGAUCAGAGUGCAGGCAGCACUGUAUGGACGUGCAGACAAUGAGACAUGCGGUGAGAGAAGACCUCAGAGUCAGCUUGCCAAUACAGAGUGCUCUCAGGAGGGCACAGUGGACGUCCUCAGGAGCAGGUACACAUUACAUGUACAGUAAUGGAAUAUAAAUAUACUGUUGUUAUUGCAUUCUAAAUGUGGAUACUACUGGAAAUAAGUCUCAGAAUCAGGUCAUGGAGUCAAUGUCACUGAGUUUGAAAAAAACUCAAAUGCAGUAAUUUAGUGGUUGAAAUUUGAGGAUACGUUUCUUCUGUUGUGCAAGGAUUUACGUGAUUAAUAUCUAACUACUAACUUAAUUACUUUUGCUGUGUGACAAAAAGUUAGACACCGCUGGGUCUCACUGCAAAGUAACCCAAUGACUCACAAACCACGAAUGAGAUCUUAACUCCACGUUGAUUUACUUGCAUCAAUGCAAAGUGCAAGUAAACCGAGUUGUCUUGAGGUCGACUAACAAAAGAAAAGCACACCUCUUCAGGCCCUCGCUCUGCGUUAGGACUGAGAGUCCCUUAUGCACCUGUUUCAAAACUAACAGCUCACAUCUGUGAUACUCAUAUGUACUGUAUCUCUUUUAAAUCAUCCUGUUGUCUUCCUACAGUUUUCCCCUUCAUCACACACCACAUUGUAUUCAGUAUCUGUCACUGUUGUGUUGUGAAGCCAUUGUUUUCCACUGUAGUCCUCUUUCUUACCA